AUGUUUAGAGAUAGAACUAAUUUAUACCUGGCCUACAGGAAAACAUUCCCUCAUCAUAAUACGAAACGAAUGGCUGUCGAUAAAUUUGAGAGCCUUAGACAGGAAGAAGAAGGUUUGUUGGGAGAUACCUACGAAAUGCAAACUUUCCAUGAUGACAAUCCUGUCGAGGACUACACCAGCACCAUUCAGAACAUUGAGAAUCAAGGAAAUGAUUUGGUUCGAAGAAUCGGUGACAAUAUGAAAAAAUUGGGGAAAAAAUAUAAGGAGGUGUUGUUACCACAAUUUGACGAUGAUAUAGUUCAACGGGAAACAGAUGCUGUGAAUGAUCUGUCCAAUAGAAUUACAGAUGAGCUAAGGAUGAUAUAUAAGGUUAUUUCGGAAUUACAGAAAUUGGAUAACACUUUGGCCCAACGAGAUGUGCUUUCCUAUGCUGAUUCAAGAGACAAAGGGACCAGAACUCUAAUCAAUAACUUGAAAAAGAAGUUUGCAAUUGUAUCCCAAGAUCUUAGUAGAGAAUUUCGUGAUAUGCAGGGCAAAUAUGUUCGAUAUUUGAAGAAAGACGAAGCUGGAAAAUACAAGGAUAAUGAAGAUCUGGAGAGUUAUUCAAGAAACGCCAUGGCAGAGAGUAAACAAUCUCAAAUGCAGCUGCAACAGAAUGGAUUAGUUGAUGACCAGGAAUAUCUCCUUGAAAGAGAAAGGGAGAUUUAUAAGAUAUCACAAAAUGUCGUUGAACUCAGUAUAAUAUUCAAAGAGUUAGAAAAUAUAGUGAUUGAUCAAGGCACAAUACUUGAUAAUAUUGUUUACAAUCUAGAUAGGACAGUUGAAAACACACAAGGCGCACAUAAAGAACUAGUCAAGGCGGAAGGUUAUCAAAAACAAACGAGAAAGUGCAAGAUCAUUCUGUUUUUGGUUUUACUGAUUCUCUUGUGUUUAAUGUUGCUAAUGGUAAAGCCCAAAAAGGUGGAUCAUUAUGUCCAUGAUGGAGAAAAGGGCACAUACGAACCGGUUGAAGAGAAUGUGAAACCAGGAUCCGACGAUAACGUCAUCAAAACAGACUUGAUAUAG